UGGGGGAUAACUGACGGCCCAAAAUGAAAAUGACAGAUGCCGAAAAUUUCUUUUCGAAAGCUUUGCGACAGUUUGCCCGAGCAACUGCAGCUUCAAAUCCAGCUCCAAUUGAAAAGGUAGCAAGACUUUUAGAUCUGUGUCCAAGGGAGACAACAAAAGGAUUUCGUUUUGACAAGCGUGGACAAGAUGCAGUAAUAGCUCUAGGUAUAUUCUAUCUAGAGUCUGGAUUGCAGUAUAAAGAGAAGAUUUUACCAUAUUUACUAAAUGUUUUGCAAGGUCUAACUAAAGCAAAGUGGGUUGGCAUAGAAAAACCUGUACAUGGGAGGAUUUUACCAUCCUCAGAAUGUUUUAGUUUCUGUCUCAACACAAUACUGAGUGAUGUUGCAUAUGAAGAUACAGAUGCCAGGGAGCAGAUCAUAUCAUGUCAGCUUGAGGUGUUAGAAGUUAUUACAAAACUUUGUGAAGGUAGCAAAUAUGAUAUUCCAAAAGGGCAGCAGGGGUAUUAUAAUGACCCAACAGAUGUUUUAUGUACAGCAACUGUUCCUAUUCUCAUUGGCAUGGCUCGUGCAAUUGGAAGAUCCUCAGAUGAUGAAACCUACCUGAUUUCCAAAUUGUUUCCACCAGAAAACAUUGUCAAAGCCCCAACUUCAGUACAAGAUGAAACUCCUAAAGAAAAGACAUUUAGUAGCUUUAGACCUAUCCUGCCUCGUACUUUAUCUUCUCAUGUCCUUAAUCUGGACUCUUCAGGUCCAUCAAGUCCUACAAUGCAUCAGAGUUUUGAAGCUUUGUGUUCAAGGUCAAGAGAAAGGUCACCUACCCCUAUGUUGCCACAGAAACAAGAGAAAAAAGAAAACACUGUCGAUGACACUGUCCAUUAUUUUAAUAAAAUAGGAUCAAAUUUUACAAGAACAAAACCAUGGGGAUUUGAAAUUAUACUUGAACAACCUGAGGAGGAACAUUUAAAGUUUUCCAGUGGCCACGUACAAAGACUUGUAGCUAUUACAAAGGGUAUUCUGACAAAAGAUAUUCUAGGUCGACUUGACUCAUUAUUAACAGAUUUAUUUGCAGAAUAUUCGCAUGACAAUGGUUACAGUUGGUUUCCAUAUAAAUCAUUCAGUGAGAGUGUUACCUUGGUGAUUGUUACCAUGUUGAGAGACGUUUUAGAGCAGGAAAUGGAUUUGCCAGUGAGUUUUACAACAGAAGUACAAGACUUUGUCAAAGAUUUAUAUAGUAGUGGCCAGAUAGAGAUGACAAAGAAACACUAUAGUCAUAGAGAUUUAGACAAAGAUUUCAAUCCAUAUGAACUAACGGUCUCUUGUUCAGCAGCUUGUGUAGAUAUUCUGUUCUGGGCUGUCAGAGGCGAAUCAGAGGCAGAAAACCUAUGUAUAAAACUAACAGAGAAGAUCAGUACCAACACAGAUAGGAAGUUUCUGCUGGCUCAUACACCAUUACUGCUUGUAGCUUUGGAGGCACUAGGAAAGCUAGCAGUAAAGUUUCCAGUAUUGGCAUCCAGUAUGUGUACAUCUCUACGAGAAUUUCUGGUAACACCGUCACCAAUACUAAGUAAACUGAACAAAUAUGCCACAUCACAUGGCCGCAGCAGUAUCAAAAUAACUGUUACAGACAGCACCAACUCACCACUAUCUGGCAAGAACAAACCUUCAAAUAAAUUACUCAAGUCAUUGGAAAACUUACGGGACUGUGCAAUUAUGAAUAUCUGCAAAUGUUUGAAAGCUGGACUUAGACAGGACCCUGAAUGUGUCCAGGCUUUCCUAGCAUCAGUAUCCAACAGGCUGUAUAGAGCAGAACUGUCAGACAGUAGGAAGAAUGGAAAGUCACCAGAAGAAAGGUGGAACCAGUUGAAGCUUGUCAUGAAAUUUAUCCGUCCCACAUCGCAAGACUUUCAACCCAGCGAUGUCGAGAGGGAAUCAAACCUUAUAUCUACCAACACGAUCUUAACCUUAGGACACAUCGCUGUGGCGCUGAAGGACACACCAAAGACAUCUGAUUCUGUGAUGCAAAUAUUUCAGCAGAGAUUUUGUUCUCCUCCAUCAUCAUUAGAUAAACUAAUUGUGGAUCAAAUGGGUUGUAUGAUCAUGGCAGGCUGUACAACAUUGUACCAUGAGAUUAUGCAGAUGUUUACCACUGUUAGUCUGGAAAGUAGUGCACCAUACAAUGAACAUGUUACUGAUGAGAAAAUUAAAGGCUAUAGACAAGUAUCACCACAUGUAAUCAAUGCAUUUGCUAACAUAGCAGCUAACAUUCAGGGUGAGAAUGAUCAGUUAGAACUACUUGUUAGGCUCUUAGAGCUGUUUGUACAGAUGGGGUUAGAGGCUAAGAGAACCAGCGAGAAAGUUUCUGGUGUGAUGAAGGCUUCCAGUAGUGCAGGGAACCUGGGUGUAUUGAUUCCAGUCAUAGCAGUGUUAAUCAGAAGAAUGCCUAGAAUAACAGACCCCAAGCCUCGUCUACAUAAACUAUUUAUAGAUUUCUGGCAGUAUUGUGUGGUAUUUGCCUUUGCUUCUGAUGAUUCACCACUAUGGCCACCUGAAUGGUUUGAAGGUGUCUGUGAGAUUGCUGUUACUUCUCCUUUCCUGAUCUCUAAAUCUCACCUGAGAUCUGAACUACUGUAUAAUGUGGCCAUGAAGAAUGAUACAGUUACACAGGCAGAGCUGGUAGAUUUAAGGAACAAUAUUUGUCAGUUACUGGAUAACAAUGCUGAGAUUUAUUACUUAGUACAGAAGCUGCAGUUUACCCAGUGUAUUUAUUUGUUGUCAGUUUAUCGACUGGAAACACUCAGAGUAGAGUUUUCUAAUGAUGUUGAAUCAGUCCAAGGACUUUACAUGUAUCUAGAAGAAAGCACGAUAUUCAAAGAUAAAGCUGGUAUGUGGAAUUGCAUUAGAGCAGUUGUAGACAAAGCAUUUGAUAAAUUUCUAGAAGCUAUGAGUGAAAAGCCAAAGACAGAGGCUAAGGAACAUGAAUUAGAUCUACUAGCACAGUUCUUACUGGUAAAGUUUAAUCACAUCUACAAAAGGAUAAGGACGGUAGCUGACAUUCACCUCUCUAGACUGGUAGAAAAGUUUCCACAUUUGUUAUGGAGUGGCACUGUAUUGAAGACCAUGUUUGAUAUACUACAGUUACUGUCAAACUCAUUAGAAGUGGAUCCAAAUGAAGAAGCACCAGAGUUUGAUGUCCCUGGAACUCCUUUCAACUUUCGAGUCCGAGAUAACCUUGCAGAUAGAGAGAGCACGGUAAAGGACUUUGCUGCUUACAGUAAGGAGUUAUUGAAGGAGUCAAUGAAGUGGGCUCCAAACACUACAAAGUCUCACCUGGCACAAUACUUACAUGAAGUAGAAAAGUCCACAGAGGGUCUAAAACAACACACAGGUGUGGCACUAGCCAUGGAAAGUGUACAUACUUAUGCUGGAUACAACAGGACUGCUUCACCUUUAGCCUCUUCAACUCUAGAAAGAAGGCCAAAUAGUGUGACGAAGGACAGUUCUAGUUUUAUGGCCAAUCUUAAUCUGAGAAGUAGAUACACUGGAGAGGUUGCUGGAAUGAAAGCCAUAUGUAAGGAUGAUCAGCUUGCUCAGUUAUUGUAUGGAGAGUUAGAGAAGGCUAUAAAGAAACAGGAGGAUGAAGCAAUUAUACAAGGAUUGUUUAGGAUAUGUGCUUUCUUAGUCAAUAUUAAAGAUUGUCACAGACAUUUACUACAUUCCCUUUGUUGGACCCCAGUAAGACAAUUUACAACUAAGGCCAUGGAAGCUGCUGUCUCAUGCUGGGAGUGGUUACUAGCUGCUAGGAGGGACCUUAAUAUAGAGUUUUUCUGUGAGAUGGCAGCCGCCUGGCAGGUGACCAUUGAUAAGAAGUUGGGUAUAUUCAGAGAAGACCGACCAGAGGUGGACCCAUUAGCUAAGACAGAGAAUGAUAUUGUUGGUCCUCAUCCACCUGUUGUUGGACCUCAUCAGUUAUGGACUCAGUUUCUGUUUGAGAGGAUUGAGAUAGCUAAGUAUUGUAGUAAUGACCAAGUAAGCAUCCUGACAGGUCUUCUCAAUAAAUCAUUGUCUAUAACUGUUGGCAGAAAUCCACCAUCGAUCUCUAGACAUCUGUCAGCUGUUGGUCCUAGGAUGAGGAUGUUAUGUAUGGGUUUAUCCAUUCUACAAGGAGAUACACUGCCAAACACAACCAGUAAAACUGUACUUAGAGAAAGGGUUUAUGCAUCAGCACUGGAUUACUUUGCAAGAAGACCAUUAUUUCCCACUCAUAAAGGAUCAGAUUUGAGAGAAGACAUCAACACGUUAAUUAAAUUCUUCAACUUGAUGCAUCAGGACAAGAAGUACCUUGCUCACAGCGUAGUACCUUUCUCAGCUACCGCAGAGCCUGAUGCCCAGCAUUCUUUAGGUUUAUCAUGGUCUGCAGGGAUAACUCCAGAGAACAUUGCUAAGUCUAAAUGGAUGGUUCCACUUAAUGCAAGUAUCAGUGGAUAUUCAAAGCGAUCAGCAAGUCGACCUGAUCUUUACCAUACCUUAAAUAGGAUCGCUGAUUGCUCAGUAAACAAACCAUAUAAUCGUGGAACCAGGAAGUCACAGAAUACCAGUUCAGGCUAUGUGAAGGAAUACAUUAAAAAAAGAAACCUCAUUCUGACAUGUGUUGCCUCAUUGAUAGAGUCUAUGAUCACAUGGCAUAAUCCAUUAGACAAUCCAGAAAGGAAAUUCCCUGAUGAUGACAAAGUGACAUUGUGGUUAAAUCAGCCAAUCACUGAGAAGACAUGGAGAGAGCAUGUUAGGCUAUCAUGGGAUAUUUCUCCUCUCUUAGCUGUUUAUCUACCUCUGAGAUUUACCAAUUCUGAUAUGGUGAGACGAGAAGUACGGAGGUUAGUUCGUUUAAAUCCUGGUGCUGUUAGUCACAUUCCAGAAGCUGUACAUUUCCUAGUUACACCUCAGAGUUUAGAGGCAGAGGCAAAGGAGAUAACCCACAUAUUGACCUGGUGUAAAAUUUCUCCAGUUAAUGCCUUGUCUUACUUCUCCAGACAGUAUCCACCUCAUCCACUGACUGCUCAGUAUGCUGUUAGAGUACUUAGAACACACGAACCUGAAGCUUUAUUGUUUUACAUUCCACAACUUGUUCAGGCAUUAAGGUUUGAUACUAUGGGCUAUGUGACAGAUUUUAUUUUAUGGGUAUCAAAGAAGUCUCAGUUACUGGCUCAUCAGUUGUUAUGGAACAUGCAAACUAACAAAUUUACUGAUGAAGAAGCUACAAUAAAAGAUGAGGAUAUUGGUGAUUUGUUAGACACACUGAUGAAUGAUAUAAAGAAAUCUCUGUCAGGACCAGCAUUAGAGUUUUAUGAGAGAGAGUUUGAAUUCUUUGAUGAAAUUACCUCCAUAUCGGGUAGAAUCAGACCCUUUCCAAAAGGCCCAGAGAGGAAGAAGGCUUGUUUAGAUGAAUUGAAGAAAGUAAAACUGAGACAUGGGUGUUAUUUACCAUCUAAUCCUGAAGCUAUUGUAACAGAAAUUGACUAUAAUUCUGGAACACCCAUGCAAAGUGCUGCUAAAGCACCUUUCCUGGCAAAUUUCAAAGUUCAAAGAUGUGGUGUAAAUAAAUUAGAGGAACUUGGGUUAGGUCACAACAUCAAUGUUAGUAUGGGAAGUGAAUAUUGGCAGGCUUGUAUAUUCAAAGUGGGAGAUGAUAUAAGACAGGACACUCUAGCUAUUCAGUUUAUAGAUAUGUUUAAGAAUGUUUUUCAACAAUCUGGUCUGGAAAUAUUCCUGAAACCAUACAGAGUGGUGCCUACAGCUCCUGGGUGUGGUGUUAUAGAGGUGGUACCAGAUAGUAAGUCACGUGAUCAGAUUGGUAAAGAAACAGAUAUCACUUUACACCAGUAUUUUAUACAGACGUAUGGCGAAGAAUACUCAUUAGAAUUCCAAAAUGCAAGGCAUAAUUUUAUUGUAAGUAUGGCUGGAUAUAGUAUUGUCUCUUACCUACUUCAAUUCAAAGAUCGACACAAUGGAAAUCUAAUGUUGAACAAGCAGGGUCACAUGAUACAUAUAGACUUUGGAUUUAUGUUUGAGAGUUCUCCUGGAGGAAAUCUGGGCUGGGAACCAGAUUUAAAGUUAACAGAUGAAAUGGUUAUGAUAAUGGGAGGUAACAUGGAGGCGCCACCUUUCCAGUAUUUCUUAGAAUUAUGUGUGCAGGGAUAUUUAGCUGUUAGGCCCUACCAUGAAGAAAUUGUCUCCCUUGUUUCACUGAUGUUAGAUACAGGAUUACCAUGUUUCAGAGGACAGACAAUCAAACAACUAAAAUAUAGACUACAAAUAGACAAAAGUGAUCGAGAAGCAGCAGCUUUUCUUACGGGGAUAAUAAAGAAAUGUUAUUUAAGUUUUAGAUCAAAGUCAUAUGACAUGAUUCAAUGGGUACAGAAUCAAAUUCCUUAUUAAUGUACUGUGAUAAUGUUAAAUUCUUUACCUAGAAUAUUGACAGAUAUAUUAACUUAUGUUAUGAAUAUAUUGUUUACUUUGACAGAAAUUUUAACUAACAUUAGAAAUAUAUUGUUUACUUUUACAGAAAUUUUAAAAACCUUUAGAAAUGUAUUGUUUACCUAGAUUAUUGACAGAAAUUUUAACCAAUGUUAGAAGUAUUGUUUACCUAGAAUACUGACCAAUUUUAGCUGAUGUUAGAAAUAUGACAGAUUUUGGCAUGGUCAGAUUAUUUCUUUCUUCAAUUUUAUUCUCCAGAUAAAGUUAUGUUACUUUUGUUUACAUCUCCAAUAAAUUUAUUGCUGAUGAUUUUUUUCUUAAUCUUUUGAAACAGCUCAAUAAUGAAUUGUUGCUUUACUUACUUAAUAAUUUACAUGAUUCUUUGUUGUCACAUGUGUAGGAAAAUUGUUAUUUCAUGUGACUUAAGUUUGUAUUUUAUUUUUGUUUUUAAUGGAUAAAUCAUAAAUUAUUUUAUAUUGAUUCUUUUGUUGUUAUGAUCUAUGUGUUUCAUGUAAUUUGUAAUGUAUUAACUUAUUUAUUAAAAUUAUAAGAAAUCCA